AUGUCACACAAAACUACCGAGAACAUAACUGCAGAGCAAAUGGAAAGCAAAGAGUUAAACAAUGGAGAAACACCAAUGGCAAAAAACAGUAGUGAUUCUCUACAAACCUUUACUCCAAAACAAAAAUCAAGAACUACAAACGAAAUUUGCUCAAAUAAAAAAAAAAAAGCACGGAAAGAUAAUUGUGCCAAAGUUGAAAGUCCUCAGCGUCACAAACCCUCAAAAUGUAUAGUGGAUAUGGAAGUGAAGUUAGUCUAUCCUGAUGAAGAGGAGAUUGCAUAUGAAUUUCUUGAAUCCACAAUGUCUCACAGCUUAGAAUCAAUGUGUCGAUCCUCUGGAAAAACAUGUUCCUUAAGUGCACUUAAUUCUAGUUUCUUACUUGACAAAUGGCUUCAAACAAAAUUAAAAGAAGCCACAGCUUGCUACAGACAGAAUAAUUAUUCUAUAGCAGUGAAACAUUUCACAGAAGCACUAGAGAUGUGCAGUAACGGUCCUGUAUUAGGAACCUCUGUGGAUACAGCUGCAGAGAUCAUUCCAAGUGUAGUCAGCUUUAUUGAAACAAAACUUGUUGCUUGCUACUUGCAGAUAAUGCAGCCUGACCUUGCUCUCAGCCAUGCACACAGGAGUAUUGCUUUAAAUCCAUCAUAUUUCCGAAAUCAUAUUCGACAAGCAAGUGUGUUUAGAUCACUGGGAAGAUAUUCCGAGGCUGCAAGGAGCGCAAUGAUUGCUGACUACAUCUACUGGCUGUCAGGUGGCAAGGAGCAGAGCAUUAGCCAGCUCAUCAAGCUAUAUUGGCAGGCUAUGCACGAGGAGGCCAUGGCCAAUGCUGAAGCAUUUACUGCAAUGUAUACGCCUGUGGAUGAUGUGCUAUACAAAGAGGCAAUUGAAAAAGCCCAAGAUGCCUUUACAGAAAUGAACCCAACAUAUACAAAAUACAUAUACACAGAUUCAGAGGUUCUUCAUCUUUUACCUCAGGGCACUGACUGGUCAUCUGCUUCUCCUCCGCCCCAUUAUAUGCUAUCCUUGGGGUUUAAAAACAAAAAAGAUGGAAUGUUCUUAGAAAAACAGAGCACAAAAUCACUGCUGGUCUUUAUAGGUGCGAUACAGAAGCUGCAGUAUGCCAGCUUUCUCAGUCAAUUGCAACGAGCAAAGGAAGAGUCCCAAAUGAUUAAUCAGGCUGUAGCAGAAUUAGCAACUAUCCCCUAUCUGCAGGAGAUCAGUCAACAACAUGCUGAACUGUUGCAGUCGCUAAUGGCUGAUGCAAUGGAUUGUCUCCAAGGAAGAAGAGAAAAAGAAUACACGUGGCAUGAAAUACAAAAGGUUGAGAUGAUUGAAGAUUUUAUACUCCAGUUAGAAAACAGAUAUUUAAAGAGAAAAAAAAGUCAGGCUGCUAGAAGGCAAAGGAUGAAAAUAAAGAAACUUCAAAGUGCCGGGCUCAGUCAGUCUGCUGGGACAGCUACGCUAUCUGCAAGACCCUCAGAAGAAGACUGCAAGGACAUCAACGCUGUGCCAGCAUGUGACAGUUCUGAAAACAAGAGCCUGUCUUCAAAUUAA